AUGAGUUACGCCUGGUGGCAGGAAGAAAGUUUUUGUGGGAGGCGGGUAGAGAAGAAUUUACAGGACAAAAUUUUGGUCAGAAAAGCCAGGCGAAUAAAGAAAAAGAUACUCACAAAUCUCUCUUGACCACAAAUAGGUUGGCCAUGGCAGUCCCAGGAGUUUUCAUUCUGUGUUGCAGUUUACUUUGCCCCUGCUUUCGGGCAAGGAGGAGAGAUACUUCCCAUGUUGUUCUUGUGAAGGAACAAAGUUCAAUGGAUUCCGUUUCGUCUUUGGAAAUGAAUUCGGUUGCUGAAAAGAUUCCAGCAAGUCCAACGCGAGUGCCACCUAGUCCUUCUAGAUUUUCCAUUUCGCCAAAGCUUAAUAGAGUUGGAUCAGUUCAUCUCAAUAUGAAUCAGGUUGCUAGAGCUACUCACAAUUUCUCAGCAACAUCUAAGUUAGGUGAAGGAGGGUUUGGAACUGUCUACAAGGCUCAGCUACCAGAUGGCCAGGUAGUUGCCAUAAAACGAGCAAAGAAGGAAUACUCCGAAACUCUAGCAACUGAAUUCAGAAGUGAAGUUGAACUCCUGGCAAAAAUUGAACAUCGAAAUCUAGUGAAGCUACUUGGCUAUGUCGAUAAAGGAAGUGAGCGUAUUCUCAUCACGGAGUAUGUGCCGAAUGGGACUCUUAGAGAACAUCUUGAUGGUCAGCGGGGCAAAAUCUUGGAUUUUAAUCAGCGACUUGAAAUCUCUAUUGAUGUUGCUCAUGCCCUAACUUAUCUCCACGUAUAUGCAGAGAAGCCAAUUAUUCACCGUGACGUUAAGUCAUCCAAUAUUCUUCUGACAGAGAGCAAGAGAGCAAAAGUUGCCGAUUUUGGAUUUGCAAAGCUUGGAGAGCUGGACAAUGAUCAAACACAUAUUGUAACCAAAGUGAAGGGGACAAUAGGUUACCUUGACCCAGAGUAUAUGAGGACUCAUCAACUCACCACAAAAAGCGAUGUGUUCUCAUUUGGGAUUUUAUUAUUAGAAAUUCUGACGGGCCGUCGUCCUGUGGAAUCAAACAGACCUACUGAUGAGAGGGUGACACUUAGAUGGGCCUUCAAAAAGUACAAUGAAGAAAAUGUAAUGGAGUUGGUGGACCCUCUAAUGAAUGAAGCAGUAGACCAGGAGAUCCUAUUGAAGAUGGUUGGUUUGGCAAUCCACUGUGCAGCACCGACGCGAUCGGAUCGUCCAGACAUGAAGGUAGCGGGAGAACAGCUGUGGGCAAUUAGAAUGGAGUAUCUAAGGAGUGGAAGGAGAGAGUAA